AUGAAACUUCUCCUCUUUGCAUUAUUUGUAAUUUUUAUAAUUCAAGUUCAUGCCAAUGAAAAUUUUAAAUGUCACAAACGGCCAAAUCGUAAAUCUCCCAAAUCCUGUCAAGAUCUUUUCAAUACCGAUCAAUGUAACAAAUGUCAAUCAUUAGUGUGGGAUCAUCUUAAUGGUUCCGAUCAAUGUGGUACCAUUAUCAAUUUUAGUCAGAGAAUGUCUAAGAUCGUUAAUGAUGCAAAUUUGAAGUUUUAUGAUUUUAAAUUACUUAAAAGAGGUUUGGACGAUUAUUGUCAAAAAGAUUUUCAAUGUGAUCAUCAAAAAGUUGAAAAAAUCUAUGGCGAAAUUCAAAACGAAUGUGAACGUGAAUUAUCGGUUAAAUUAGAUUGGAGUGAUAAUCCUAAAAAUUUUGAUAAAAAUUCUUAUGCCGCUUAUCUUACUUUAAUCGCCUAUUACGGUGGAAUUCCUGAACAUAAAGCACUUUGCGCUAAGAAUGAUCGUGGUGAUUACUACAGUUACGAAUUCAUUGAAAAAUUCGUUAAAUGGAUGAUGGAGAAAACUCAAUGCGAUCCAGAUGCCAAAGUAAGUUACGAUGCCCAUAACGUUUUCAAAAGAAAUGGCGAAAAAAUUCGUGUACCAGGUUCGUUCUUUUGCGAUCCAAACUGGAGAAAGAUGGCUCAAUUCUACGCUGAUUACAUCAAAGAACAUGGAAUGAAGGAUUCUAUUGGAAAGAAAAUUUGGGGAACUUAUCAUGAUUUUGAAAAUUUAUAUCUUCCGGCUUGUACUUAUCAUAAACGUGGUUCGGGUGAAAUAUUUAAAGAAAGAAAUAAAUUAGAUAAGCGUGUAAUUGGUCCUAUCUUGGGCUUUAUAGCUACAGAAGCUGCUGCUGUAAUUGGUGGAAAUCUUGCAGAUGAGUUUCUUUAA